ACAAGUCAAGCACAUACACACAGAAGCACAAUCACAUACCUACCUUCUUUUCAUUUUUUCUCCAUCUUCAUUUCCCUUUUUCUGUUCACAAAACAAACUCAUUAUUCUCUCUCUCUCUCUCUAAAACAAUUCAUCAUCACAAUGAAGCUUGAAAGAACAUGAAGAGAAAAACACACAACUGCAAAAAUCAUUGAGAAAAAAUUAAGCCACCCCAAUUCAUUUUUCCUCAUAAAUUCAUCACCUUGUUCUUACUCCAAGCUCAAUUGAGCUUCUUCUUACCUUCCCAGAGAGAGAAAUCAAGUAAAGUUAGGGUUUUUUUAUUCCUCUUUUAACUUCAGAGUUUUGUCAAAUUUUGUUGAUUUUCUUCUUCUUCUUCUAGAAAGUUUGUGUUUUUCUGGAUUUGUGUCGAGUUUUAGCAUCUGGGUUGGUGAGGAAUUGCUGCAUGGUCAUGCCUCCUUCUCUGGUGGAUCCAUUGUUACCGUCUCCUUCGAGCUCUGACUCUGUUCCUCCGAGAUCGGCGCCGGAGAAUCGGCGAUUCGGUGAUCUUAGAGGCUUCCAGUGGCGUAUAAAUCUUGGGGUGUUGCCGUCUGCGUCUUCAGCUUCCAUUGAUGUUCUUCGUCGGGUCACUGCUGAUUGUAGAAGGAGGUAUGCUAGUUUGAGAAGGCGCCUCCUUGUUGAACCACAUGUUCGAAAGGAUGGAACUAAUUCACCUAAUGCUGUCGUGGACAAUCCACUUUCACAAAAUCCAGAUAGUACAUGGAGUCGCUUUUUUCGCAAUGCAGAGCUGGAGAGAAUGGUUGAUCAGGAUUUGUCACGCUUAUACCCAGAACAUGGCAGUUAUUUCCAGACACCGGGAUGCCAAGGCAUGUUGAGACGAAUUUUAUUACUAUGGUGUCUCAGGCACCCAGAAUGUGGUUAUAGACAAGGAAUGCAUGAAUUACUUGCUCCUCUGCUUUAUGUUCUCCAAGUUGAUUUGGAGCGUCUUUCAGAAGUUCGGAAGCUUUAUGAAGAUCAAUUCACAGACAGAUUUGAUGGCCUUCUAUGCCAAGAGAAUGAUCUUGCUUACAGUUUCGAUUUUAUGAAAUAUCCAGACCAGGUAGAGAAUGAAAUUGGCUCCUGUGGAAAUGCAAUGAAAGUCAAUAGUCUUGAUGAACUUGAUCCUGAGAUAAGGACUAUUGUAUUGCUAAGUGAUGCAUAUGGAGCUGAAGGUGAACUGGGCAUCGUUUUAUCUGAGAAAUUCAUGGAACAUGAUGGUUACUGUAUGUUUGAUGCUUUAAUGAAGGGGUACCAUGGUUCAGUUGCAAUGGCGGAUUUCUUCUCUUCCUCCCCUGUAGCUGGGUCCCAUACUGGCCUUCCUCCAGUUAUUGAAGCCUCUACUGCAUUGUAUCAUUUGUUGUCUGUUGUGGAUUCAUCUCUGCAUAGCCAUCUUUUUGACCUUGGGGUUGAACCUCAGUACUUUUCUCUCCGAUGGUUGCGAGUUUUAUUUGGACGGGAAUUUUCACUUGACAACCUCUUGCUCGUCUGGGAUGAGAUUUUCGCAUCGGAUAAUAGCAAAAAAGAAAGAAGUGCAGAUGAUAACAUAGAAUGUGGGUUUGGGAUCUUAAAUUCACCUCGUGGAGCAUUUAUCUCAGCUAUGGCUGUAGCAAUGUUACUUCAUUUGAGAUCUUCACUACUUGCAGCUGAAAACCCUACAACCUGUCUCCAGAGAUUACUAAACUUCCCUGAAAACAUUGAUAUUGAAAAACUACUGGAGAAGGCUAAAUCAUUGCAGGACCUUGCAUUAAGUGUUGAUAUUUCGUCCUCGUCGCUUUUGUUUGUAGGGUCUCAUCACCAAAGUAAGUUUAUGUCUACAAGACCCGUGACCUUUCCAUCUGAAUCUGUCUCUCCAAAAACUCCUCUGAACGUGGUACCUGAUAGCUACUGGGAAGAAAAGUGGAGAGUUGCCCACAAGGAUGAAGAGCUUAAGAAAGAUGGUGCAGAAAAUCAGGUUCCAACUCGGAAGAAGGGAUGGACAGAAAAGGUAAAGUUCAGUUUAAGAAGAACAGAGUCUGAUCCAUCUCCAUCUAGGAUUCAGAAUGGAAAAAAGGAACCUAAGGUAUCUGUUAGGCGCAGUCUGUUAAAAGAUCUUUGUAAGGCACUUGGCUCGGAGGAAGAUACAGAAAAAUUACAGGGUCCUGAAACCCUAGGCCAGCAAGAUAAUCUUUCUGAAGCAGUUGAAGUAGAGGAGCAAGGUGAUGGCUGUAAUGGUGACAACAAUUACUCAUCUGAUGAUAGAAGUCCCAGUGGGAAUUCUGAUUCAUCUACAUAUUUUGACCCGACUAGUCCUCCUAAUGAGGCCAAUGAUCAUGAAAUUACCUUAGAGAAAAGUAGUGUUGGGUCAAAUUUAUCCCUUGGUGAAUGCAGUGAAACUUCAGAUACCAGUCCUAAUGAUUCACUGCUUCCAAUCUCUCAUCCUCCUGAGAGCAUACCUCAGGCAUCAGGGUGCAAUAAUGACGAUGCAGGAAAUCCAGGAUGCCAUGAAAUUUCAGAAGCCAGUUCCAAUAAUGAGGCUACAAAAUCAGGGUGCAAUAAUGAUGAUGCAGGAAAUCCUCAAUGCAAUGAAAUUUCAGAUAAUGGUCCAAAUAAUUCACCAUCUCCAAUCUCUGGUCCUCCUGAGAACACACCUCAGACGUGCAAUAAUGAUGAUUCAGGAAAUUCAGUCACACAUCCUAAAGAGAGAAAACAAAAUAAAUUCCAGUGGCUUUGGAAGUUUGGACGGAAUAAUGCUGACGUUAUCUCUGAGAAAGUAGGAGGUGCUGCUGAGGCUACAAAACCUACCAACAGUUCUAGCAGCCAAAGUAAUAGACCCGCGCCGGCCUCAUCUACAUCUAAUGGUCAUUGUAGUUCUGUUAGCUAUGGAGGAGAAUCUGUGGACCAGAAUGUGAUGGGAACUUUGAAGAAUCUUGGGCAGUCUAUGCUUGACCAUAUUCAGGUGAUUGAAUCUGUUUUCCAACAAGACCGGGGACAGGGAGCCUCAAUGGAGAACUUAUCUAAGAAUGUUCUUGUUGGCAAAGGCCAGGUUACUGCCGUGACAGCUCUCAAGGAGCUUCGGAAAAUUAGCAAUCUUUUGUCGGAAAUGUGAGUUGUAUUGAUCAUGUACAUAGAUUUUGUAAUUAGUGGGAAUAAAUUGAUUUUCUUCUGCUGCACUCCACCAAAGUUUUGAAGAUAUUUAGAGGGAGAAAUAUGUAAAUAUAUGUAUCCGGGUUACAUAAAUAAAUUAUGACUAUCAAUUUAUGAUUAUGGUUUGCUUCUUGCAAACCAUGCCUUCCAUUUA